AUGCAAGAGGAGGAGGUCGUGAGGAAGAGGAAGAUGGCCCAGCAACCCCAAGCAGAGCUCGUGGUCUAUGAGCAGCUUCAGGGUAAGGAGAAGCCCCAGAAGUGCUUGAAAUGUGGGAAGAGCUUCAGCCAGAAAUCCAGCCUGACCUGCCACAUGAAAAUCCACACGGGGGAGAGGCCCUAUAUAUGUGAGGAGUGUGGGAAGAGCUUCAGCCGGAGAUCCAACUUGAUGGUCCACUUGAGGAGCCACACCGAGGAGAGGUCUUACAAGUGUGAGGAGUGUGGGAAGAGUUUCAGCCAGAUCUCCCACCUGACUGUCCACAUGAGGAGGUACACCGGGGAGAAACCCUACAAGUGUGAUAAAUGCAGAAAGGGGUUUCAGACCAGCUCUGAUCUCCUCAGGCACCAGCGCACUCACACAGAGGAGAGGCCUUUCCUCUGCCCCGACUUGUCCGAGUGUGGGAAGAGUUUCACCCACAAGUCAAACCUGAUUGUCCACAAGAGGAUCCACACUGGCGAGAGGUCUUACGAGUGUGGGGAGUGUGGGAAGAGCUUCUGCCAGCGCUCCCACCUGAUCUACCACCUGAGGGGCCACACUGGGGAGAAGUCCUAUGAGUGUGAUAAAUGCAGGAAGAGGUUUCAGACCAGCUCUCAUCUUGUCAGGCACCAGAGGAUUCACACGGAGGAGCGGCCCUUUUGGUCCUUUUUCACCUAUACGAGUUGA